GGCGGCGGCGGUUCAUUCGCUCGCGAAGAGCACGAGCGCAGCACGGCCGCCGCCGGCGAAUCUCAACACCUUGUAGAAGCAAAUCGGCGUGGCAUCCGCCGGGUGCCGCUCCCUCCUCCCGCUUCGCUGUCCUCGGUCCUCUCCCACUCUGCGGGCUGCGGUUACGCUUCUGCGGCUCCUAGCGACCUCGUCCACACGGCCGCUGCCGGCUGCGCUCGUCGCCCACACCGCCGUUCUCUCCCCCAGGUGCGCGUAACCCCCUCUUCCGCGCCAUCGUUCGCCCAGCAACCGUGCCGUCCGUACCCCGAGGAGGAGCAAGCAGGAAGGAGCCGAGCAUCUUAACAGAUAUUAUGCAAGUCGAGGUGGCAUUGCUGAUGAAGGUGAAGACGGGAGGCUUGAAUGCACCGAAUCUUCACUAACUUGGCAGAUAUUCCUCCCUAAGCUACCCCCGCCAACCACCGCCCCAGCAGCAGUCACUGACUCCUCCUCCAGUCAAAUCAGCCAUGUCAGCGCCGCCCUGUGACACCUUGCCCACCGCUGCCAACAACAUCCAGCCAUUUCUCGUCCUUCACAAGGCUGCUGCCUCCUCGGUACCAUCUUCCCGGGCUAAGCACCAGAUUCAUACCUCACAGCCAUCCUCACCCAACCCCAAAUCAGCAAACAGAUGUCGUCAGCCAGCGGGUGAGGAGUGUGAGGACGAAGGGGAUUUGGAGCUAUACGAGCAGCUGCGUGUUGAGGCCUUCCACCGGACCUGGUCCAAGAUCCAAUCCACCAUUGACGAGGUCCUCAGGGCCAUCAACCUCAAGCUGUUUGACCAGGUUCUGCAGUGGGCAAAGGAGUCCUUCACCUCAGUCCGUGCCAUCACGGAACCGCACCGCACUGAAGUCCAGCAGCCGUACCCUCUCCUGACUGAUGUGAUCUGCAGAAGGAUUCCCACAGCAUUCGUCCUCACCAAGAAUGCGGAGUUUGUUGAUGAUAUCACAACGUUUCAUGAUCUUGCAGGGCAUAUGAAGUCCAAUGGAUGUCAUGUAGUCAAGCUGUCAGCAGCUGAAUUAUCAGCAAAACAUGGAGUUGGUGGUUGCUUUAGGAGCCUGUUGAGGCAGCUACUAUCCGAUGUUCCAGUUGUUGCUGAUGUAUCUGCGCUUGCAUCAUGGUAUUGUGAAGCUGGGAACUUUGAUCAGCCUAUCAUUGUCAUAAUUGAUGAUUUGGAGCAAUGUUCUGGUGAUGUGCUGGGAGAGCUUGUGAUGAUGCUGAGUGAAUGGGUGUUUAAAAUUCCAGUCUUCUUUGUAAUGGGGAUAGCAACUACCCUUGAUGCUCCAAAGAAGCUUCUCUCAUCAGAGGCCCUUCAACGAUUAGAGCCCUGCAAACUUACCUUGGGGUCUCCCUCAGAUAGAUUGAAUGCACUUGUUGAGGCCGUCCUUGUUAAACCAUGCACUGGAUUUUGCAUCAGUCAUGAAGUCGCAGUGUUCCUCAGAAAUUACUUUUUUAGGCAUGAUGGGACAAUAACUUCUUUUAUUACUGCUCUCAGGCUUGCAUGCUGUAAGCACUUCUCCAUGGAACCUCUAAGCUUUUUGUGCAUUGGAAUGCUGGAGGAAGAUUCUGAGGAAUUUUGGCGUGAUAAGUUUGAAUCGCUCCCUCAAACAAUACGGAAAUAUGCUUUUGAUCUACCCUCAUCCAAAAAUGCAAAUAAUUCAAACAAUUCUUGCAACAUGGUAGAAGGAUUGUCUAGGCUGAUGAAAUUGCAAAAGGAUUGGAGUUCUGUUCUCUUGUGCCUGUAUGAAGCUGGAAGACAGGACAAAAUGCAGCUUUUGGAUAUCUUCUGUGAGGCAGCCAACCCAGAUUUGCAAACUGAAAAUUCACCAGAUAAUUACUUAUGUGCCUCUAAAGUGACUUGUGAAAACUUAUUAGGAGUAAAGUCAGGGUCUGCUAAAGGAUUUAUAGCCCAAGUAAUGAAUACAAUAAGGUACUUGCCUACGGAAAUUUUGUUACAUGUCCUUGAAGUUUGGAGCAUCCAUUUAAAAGGAAUGAGUGAGAUCAACGACAGAGUGAAGGAGCUUCAGUCAACCACAAUUGGUGCUGAUAGUGUUAGGACCAAAAGAAGAUCAACCGCCAAUACUGGAAAUGGAACAGUUCUACUAAAUGAUAAAGUGGCUGCACUAUUACAGGAUGUCAUUAGGAAAUAUUUGGUACCUGUUGAGUGCUUGCCUUUUCAUGAAAUCAUCUGCUUCAAGAAUGUUGACAUCCUCCAAUCUGCGCUGAUUGGAAAUCCAAGAAGAAUGAUUCAACUUGAUCUUCUGAAGUCACAGAGCCAUCUGAAAUGUUCUUGUUGCAGCAGGAGUGGUGCUGCUGUGUCAGGAUCGUUGCAUGACACAUCAAUCAUGUGUAACCUAGCCCAAGAAUAUGGUGAUGUGAUUAACCUUCAUGAUUGGUACACGGCCUUUGAAGGCAUUAUCAAGAGCACAAAUUCAAAAGGCAAACGGAAAUCUUACAGUUCUCCCUCGAAGAAGAAAUCAAAACCCACACCUCUGGAGGGUGAAGGUAUGAUCCAAGCAAGGUUUUGCAGAGCUGUUACUGAGAUGCAAAUCACUGGCCUUCUUCGGAUGCCAAGCAAGAGAAGGCCCGAUCUUGUGCAGAGAAUCACGUUCGGUCCUUGAUGGUUCCGUGAUUACAUGCAUGUUAUACAGGCUCAUGAUAAUCCCACCAUGAGUUGAACAGCUGUGGAAAGAAGGUUCAAUCACUUCAAUCGAUGCAUUGCCCACCAGGAAUCUUUGCAAGAGAGCCGUGAAAUGGAGCAGCUGCCACUUCAGAUAUGCUGUGCUGAUAAUUGCAUGGAACGGCUAAGCUAUGUCAUUGUUUUUCCUUAAGAGCAGUAUUAAACAUGUUUUGCAGUAUUGGACAUGUUUUAGUUAUUGAUUCGUGCUCUGUAGAGCUGACAUCGGAUCAUGUAGCCCAAGGUUAUCUAUUUUGAGUGUUCAUAUCCAUAGAUCCUCCUCUAACUCAAGGGCACAACCGCACAACUAUUUUGAUGUGCACUUGGGAACAUGCAGAGAAGAUGGUCUUGGCAGUGUUUGGUGGUAAAUCCCAUUUAUUUGCCAACAAUUGUUCUACCUUAUUUCUGUCAUCAUUUAUUCUAGAUGGUCUUGGCAGUGUUUGGUGGUAAAUUCCAUUUAUUUGCCAACAA